CGGCAUCAUUUGUGCAGUGCAAGUUUAAAAUUUUAGGUAAGGCAAGUUCUUAAGAAGCAGCAGGAGUCUUUCUCUCACACGCACAAAAAAUCGACAAUGGACUCCGAUUACAGAGCCAGAGCGAGUUCAGGAUAUCCGAUGUACGGCGCUCCUCCUGCCACAUCAUCAUCGGCACCCUCCAGCCAUCCGAUGUAUCACCAGUCGUCGUCUCUUUAUCCGAAGAUCGGUCAACACGGUACUCACCCUACCGUCCCUCCCGUUUCUCGCUCUUCCUCUUACCUCCGCCAGACCUCCUCUCCUUCCUUCUCAUCCUCAUCUGGAUUGGGAAUUAGGGUUUCUUUAAAACCUGAGUAUCGAAUAACUGCUCUGCCUCAAUUGCCGCCACAAAUAGGAGACAUUCCCCGGAGCAAUUUUCAGUAUGAUUUUGAUUUUGAAAGAAGGGUUUUGACUGAAGCCGAGAAGGGUAGCCAGAACUGGAGCAGGCUUGGGAUGGAAAAUGUUCCAUCAAAAACUACUGAAUCUACUUCUUCAUUGGGAUCGGUGGGGGAUCCUGUGGUGAGCAAAUACAUUGCAUCAGGACUUAAUCGUGAUGCUGUUCCCAUUGCUGUUGCAAACUAUGGAGACAACCCGGCCAAGAUUCGGGACUUUGCCAACGGUUUCACUCUCCUAAGAGAAAUGGGAUUUUCAUCUAGCAGUGUUGCUGAAGUUCUACUCAUGUAUGAUAAUGACACAGACAAGGCAGUGGCACAUUUUCUUAACAAUUCAUCAUGAGAAUACUUAAGAUAAAUGGUCGAUUACAUACGGAGUGUUAGACAUAGACUGAUGAUGGUAUAUAAAAAAGUUCAGUGUUUGCUUUCAUGAAUGCAGGUUUUAUUCUGAUUGUAUAAAGCCAACCAUGUUUGGGCGCCCAGUAUGAAAAGUAUUAUCGAAAGCAUAACUAAUAUUAUAUUUGUGGAUGAAUAGCCGAGUAUUUAAAAUGCUUGUUCA